UAGAGCACUGGCUUAGUUAUUUGAGCUUGAAUUGAAUUUAAUGAUUUCGAAAUAAUACAAAAAAAAGAAACAUAAAAUAAAAACUAAUUACAACAAGAAAAGCUAAAAUAAAAAUAAAACAUGUUAAGCAAAAAAGCACUCCGGUUUUUGUAGUUUGAUUUUUUUUUGUUGCAUGCGUCAACGGUCAGUGUGACAGAUUAAUGUGCCGUCUCGGUUGUUGUGUGUGCAUUCUCGAGAAGCGGCCGUUUACAUCAAAGUCAUAAGAAAUUCAUACUUAUAUAGUUAAGCACAGUUCGUCACAAUGCCAUCGUCAGCCUCAGACAACAGAAUUGAAACGCAGAGCUAUCCGGAAGGUUCCAAACCGCAGAAUGAGUCCAAAGACAUGGAAAGGCGUCACCGCAGAAACGAAGACUUGGCUCGCUUUAUCCUUACUCGUACCUCUAUUUACCUUCACCGUAUCAACAAGGCAAUGUCGGAGACGGCCGCCCGGUACAGGCUACAGGAGAUUGCUCACGCCAUUUUUGCCAGCUUACAUCAGUACCCGAUCCUGGCGCUAGCAGUGGCGAUUGUGAUUUUCGUCUUCACGCUACCAUUCCUGGUAUUUAUUUUCUUCACGAUGACUACAGCGGUGAUGGCCUUUACCGGGUUUGUGCUGAUCGAGGGUGCACUCAUAACGGCUGCAUCGGUCAUGCUCGUCAGUUUGCUGAUCGGAGUGUUUCUGAUGAUCGUCAUCGUCGGGCUAAUGUUUCUGACCGGCUACUUUGGCAUCUCACGCGUGUACGAGUGCGUGUCUCGGUUAAAGAUAGACGAUCUGCGGGAAUAUUUGCGCAACAAUCACUAGAGAGCCCUGUGGAAACCAUUUCUUGGUUGUUUUGUACUUAAUUUCACUUAAAUUUUGAACAGUCGGUUUAGUAUUAAUCUGUACUGUGAUAGCAAUUGUCGGAACGAGGUUAAACUAUAGCAUUUGGCGGCAUAGUAAACAAAAACAGAAUCAUUUUAAACGGUUCCAUAUUUAUUACAGGUGUAGGGAAAUGGUUCACAACAGUUACCAAUGAAUGAAGCUACCUAUCUCGAAUCAGGCGGCUUUGCGCCAAUAAUGAACAAAUCAUGAACAAAGUUAUCAUAUGUUAAUGGUCCGUUAAAAAAAAGGACGGGAGAGAGCAAUAUACAGUAGGUGACCGCUAACAGGAUGUGUUUUAACUGGAGGUUCGCUAACUGGAGUGAUUCUCAGUUAACGAACACUUAAACGUCAAAACGUGAAACAUCCGGAAUCUCAUGAAGAGAAAUUUGUCGCAAAUGUGGAUUUUUCAAACAAAUUUAGGGUCUCUUGCCUACGUUUGCUAUUAACUUAUGUUAUUACACGAAUUACUAUACUUUAUAUCAACAUAAAUGAAAAAAAAAAGUUUGGUAUAUUUAUUCCAGUCAACGCCAAUCAAAAAAAUCAAUCCAUAGAAACGUCACUCCAGUUAGCGAACAUUGUUCGUUAACUGGAGGUUGUUUACCUCUCAGUUACCGGUCACCUACUGUAUAUACUAACUAUACAAACAUUCUUUUGCUUGUUGCUUUUGCUAUUGAAUUCCUACAAUAUUCCUACGCUGCACAUUUACUACCGGGUAUAGUUUGUUGACUGGAACUGGAAUUGUAUCGGUUUCAGACCUGCUCCAAAUAUCAUUCCGAAUCCGAAUCCAGCACAGUUCCUGGCACUGUUCCUGUAAAUAAAUAAAAUCGAGAGUUAUUUCCGGAUAA